AAUAACAGUCGGCGGCGGCUCGGCGGGUCGACGCACACAAGUGCAAGCUGUCGCGGCCCGCGCUCGUGGCCCCCCGGAUAUAAAAGCCCGCCUGUCCUCGCCGCUCCACCUCGCUCCUCCGACAACAUGGCCCGCUUCUUGUGCAUCGUCGUAGCGCUGCUCGCCGUCGGUGGCUGCAGCGCCUCGUCUGCGGUGUCGGACCGCGAGAUCAAGCAACUGUCCGAGAAGCUGUUCAGCAUCGACAAGCACGCGCUGUCCGAGCUCGUCAGCAUCGACCUCCAGGGCAAGACCUACUCCAGUGCCACGGACGACAAGGCGCCCAACCCCCUCCUGAGCGUCAACGACGCCGCCACCAAGUCGGCCAACGCCAACGUGAAGCUGCUGGCCGCCCUGUACGACAACUACGUCCCCGACUGCACCGUGGCCGAGAAGGAGACAGCCCAGGAGAAGCAGGAGCAGAGCGCUCUGCUGGACGGGCUCAUGGCCACCCCCGUGCUCUCCAACACCCUCAGCUUCCUCGCCGAAAAGGGGCUCGUCCCCACCGGCAAGGCCGCUCAGAAGGAGUUCCUCCGCAAGCUGUGGUUCUCGCUGUACUCGCGCGGCGGCGGCGUUCUGGGCUCCUCCGCCUUCGAGCACGUCUUCCUCGGCGAGCUCAAGCGCGGCGACGUGUCCGGCAUGCACUCCUGGCUGUUCUACAACCACGAGGAGGAAAACGGCAACGUGGACUACAAGGGCUACAUCAAGAAGCUGAGCCUCGGCCAGAGCGGCACCCUCCUGAAGUUGCGCUUCGAGUGGCUGGGCUCCAACAAGCCCGUCAACAGCCUGUUCGUGGGAGCCAGCCCCGAGCUGGAGAUGUCCCUGUACACCUUGUGCUUCCUGGCGCGCCCGGACCAAAAGUGCCACGUCUCCGCCAACGGCGUCAACUUCUACAUCCAGUCGUGGAGCUUCAAGCUCAGGGACGGCUUCUCCACCAUCGGCAGCGCCUACCCCGCCCUGUAAAACUGUGGAAUGUUCAUCCGCUUCGCGGCGCGUUGGAAAUAAAAACUCCGGCGGUUGCGCUUCCUCUGAAA